AUGGCAGCUUUCAUGGAGCGCGAUAUUGAUAUGUCAGGUACAACUAGCUCCACUCACCGCAGUGGCGCAGUUGAUUUCGCGGACUGGGCCAAUUCAAAAAUUCUUGAGGAUGACGAUUCCAAUAUUUUCCUCGAGAAUAGCGCAACUCAGCCGGGAGUCGUCAGAUCGGAGUUUCCAGGAAACCUCAGUGACGUACAAGGUGUCGAGAGGCUAUCAGAGUCUGCAAACAGUGUAUUCAACCCAGAUGUCAUCCAGCAAGGAGACGAAGAGGAUCAUCGACAUUCAUAUAUUGGUGCUCCAAGACGAGGAAAAGAGCAUCUGGAAAAUGCUAUCAAACAGUUGCAUCUCGAACAUGAAUAUACACCCGGAGAGAAUGCCGAAAAUGAUGUUCAGGAUGCCACCGCGGAACACUCGGGAAUGAAUGAAAAUACUGAUAAUAAUGAAUGGCCAGCCGAAGAUGAUAUCAGUCCAGAGGAACUAAGCAACGCAAAGUUCCGGGAGGCCCAAGAAUGGUACAAGAGCCUGGAAAGCCCUUCUAUGGAAGAUGAGAUCAUUUUCACGAAGGCAAAACGGCUGGAAGAGAUGCGACUUAAAAUCAUUGAAAGUCGAUUUGCAUUUAUGCAUAGCGAGGAGAGCAAUGGGCAGAGGCUCUUGACCGAGCCGUCUGGUCCUCCAGAGCCGGAGGCCCAAUUGCGGCGGAGAGAAGGACCGAAGUCUCGAAAAUCAGUGAAUCUAUCUGAACGGGAGUUGAAGGCAGCCAUGGAAAUUGGGUUGCAAAAGAUGAUCGGAGUGAACAAACUCACAAAAAUGCUUUACGGGCUGAGCCCCUUCGAGGCUCAACUAAUAGACACGACUGAAGGAAAGGGUCGACGGAAACGCAAGUCAAAACCCCAAGCAACGAAACUGACAGAGAGCGAAUUAAAAAGCAUAUUCAAUCCUACUAGUACUAUUAAAAGUGCUCAGACAAGUGCCUCAAUGCAGGAAAUUCCCUCGUUUACCCAGAAAGACAAGUCAAAGGCCCUCAAAGAACUGGUGGCUAGUAUUCCGAGUCUGAGCAAGGAAGAAAUGGUGCAGACUCGCUCAGAUAAACAAAACAUUCUUAAUGCAAUCAGACAAUUUGAUUUCAAACCGCGAAGUGACGGCAAAGGGGCAUGGAAAGUCAAGGGCCUUAACACCAGUCUUCAUCAUCAUCAGGUACUUGCAGUCGGGUGGAUGCGUAACCGUGAGAGGUCCAGCAUUGGCCCACGUGGGGGCCUACUUUGCGACGCUAUGGGGUUAGGCAAAACAGUUACAGCGUUGGCAAACAUUUUAGACGGGAGAAAUGGGACACUGGUUGAUUCCAGACAGCGAAGAGCGCCCACUCUGAUUGUUGUUCCACCUUCGCUGAUGACACACUGGAAAGAACACAUCAAUAAGUACUGUGACCCUGAAUAUUUCGGAGUCUCUGAUGACUAUAAAAGCCACACCAAAUGGUCCUUACAGAACAGUCUCAACAAGGUGAUGAAAUGCGACGUGAUAUUGACUACGUAUGACCAAGUACGUAUCUCGUAUCCAGUACCAAAUCUACCCGGCGGUAUCGACAAUGAAAAAGUUCUGGACUGGUGGAUGGAAAGUUAUAAAGCAGCUGGGUUGUUGCAUAAAAUUCGCUGGCAUCGUAUUGUUCUUGAUGAGGGACAUAUGAUUAAGAACCCCGGUACUCAUACUUCAAUCGCUGUACGAGCACUUACAGGGCAAUUCAAAUGGGUCUUGAGUGGCACUCCUUUGCACAACUGCAUCGAGGAAUUGUUUCCAUAUUUCAAUUUUCUUCAUGUGCCAGACAGUGUGGCGCUGGACAGGUUUGAAAAUGCUUACAGAGAUAAGACGGAGAGAGCAAAGAAAAAACUCAUCAAUAUUUUGCGCUUGAUCAUCCAUCGGAAAACGCACGAUAGCCGACUAUUCUCCUUGCCAAUUAUCAAACUGCCUAAUAUCAUUGAGAAAACUGUGCAAGUCAAUCUCUGUGCUGCAGAAAGAAUUCUUUAUGCCAGAAUACUCGACAUUUUUGUCUACGAAGUCAACUCCCUAUCAUCAGGCCCGAACUUCAAGGCUCGGCAAUGGCAGUGCAUCCUGACGAUGUUCCUCAAACUUCGAAUGUUUUUAAGCCAUCUUCUCACGGCUCAAGAUAUGAUACAAAAUAUGGUUGAAGAUGGUAUUCUAGACUCCCUGCGACCUCUAGCCAGGGAGAACUCGGAAACAGAUGCCGCGUCCCUUCAAAUCACUAAGAUGCUUCUCCGGGUGAAUAGCGGAAAUGUCCCUCAGCAUCCGCCUAUUCCCCACCCUGCUGCCGAUGACAUGGUUAGACAGCAACCUUCUGGAGACAGAGAAAAGCUGGUACAGCAGUUCCGAGAGGUUAUGGAGAGGCUUCAUGAAGAAGAGAGCUGGCUGGAAGUAGACAGAAGAGCUCUUUGUGGCUCCUGUGAGAAUAUUCCCACACAAGCCUUCGUGACCUCUUGCAGCCACUUGUAUUGCGAAGAGUGCUUUUACUCACUCCCAUACAAUAAGGAUUGUAUAGAAAAUGGCUUUCGAAUUUGUCAGCACUGUGAAGAAAAGAUCACUGAGGCUGCCCACUGUGGAGUAUUCGACAGCAUUGACAAUGCACACACUGCCACAUGCCAUGAACCUGAUUCGCCUCCGAAUGCUGGAAAUCGGCAGCCAUUCAAGCGAAAAGCGCCAGGCAUCUCGAAGAAACAAAGCAAAAGGCUUAGGAAACGCAUCAAGACUUCAGACAUGUUUGGCCAUGGCGAGCCUACCGAGCAUGAAGAUCCAGAUGGCCUUUCAAAUGACACCGACUUCAAAAAGGAUUGGAUCCCAAUUAUCGGGGACAUAACACCCGGUGCAAAACUGGAGGCUGUCCGUGAGAUGAUACGGACAUGGAUUCAAGAAGAUGACAAGGUGAAAAUUGUUCUAUUCACCCAGUUUCUCGACACAAUCCAAUUACUUGCGUUAAUGUGCAGCACAGAGAGAUGGGGAUAUAUGAUUAUAUCAGGGAAGAUGUCUCUAAGUGCUCGAGAUGAUAACAUCGAAAAGUUUCGCGAAGUGAGCGAGAUGAAAAUCGCAAUCGCUUCCCUUAAGACAGGCGGGAUCGGCUUGAAUCUUUCGGUUGCAAAUAAGUGCAUAUUAAUUGAUCUUUGGUGGAAUGAAGCCAUUCAAGAGCAGGCAUACUGUCGGCUCUUCCGCAUCGGCCAACAGCGAGAGGUUGAAUACAUAAAGAUCAUCGCCAAUGGGACAAUUGAUGAGAAGCUUCUCGAUCUCCAGAAAGAGAAGACUAAGAAAAUUCAAGAAGUUAUCAGUUUUAAAGUUCUCGAAGACCGUGACUCGAUCAAAGAGCUUUUAAGAAUAUUCUUUGAUAUAGAGGAAAGGGGGAAAGGUUUCAAGAUCUCACUUCGUACUGAGGGGAAACCAUAA